GUGAAAUCACCCCUCGCAAAAAAAAAUCCAUCCAACCGGGCCUUAAUAUUUACAAAGAAUAAUUAAUCGCCAUCGAUCAGUCUCUCAACACAACAAUCAUCGAAUCAUCUUUUCUCCAUUUCAGAGUAUCUCACAAUUUCACCAAAUCAAUCCCAUCCUUGAAAAACCUUCGGUUGAAAAUUUGAUUGAUGAGAAUCAACAACAGGCGUUUGUUUUUUCGACGAGAUCAUCGGGAUCAUUUCAACGUUAAAAUUAAUGAUGAUGCUUGAUACUAACCGGACACACCAGGAAACCGGAAAGCCUAACCAUGAUUCGUCUGAGGAAUAUCCUAGGAUCUCGUCCUUGGCCUCUCCCAAGGAGUGGAGCUAUACAAUGAGACGGAGUAUGCAGGAGGUAAUCCCUGGACUCUACCUCGGUCCCUACAGCGCAGCAAGUCGUUCAAAGCUCCCGGAAUUACAGGAAUUAGGAAUCACUCACAUUGUAUGUGUCAGACAAGACAUCGAGGCGAAUUUCAUUAAGCCAAAUUUCCCUGACAAAUUCAAGUACCUAGUACUGAAUAUUGCGGACGUGGCGACAGAAAACAUAAUCCAGCAUUUUCCCACGGUCAAAUCAUUCAUAGAUGAAGGAUUGAGCUCUCAGGGGCAUGUACUGGUUCAUGGCAACGCUGGAAUUUCUAGGUCAGCAGCUUUGGUGCUUGCAUACGUGAUGCAGAUGUAUGGUCUCUCCCACACACGUGCCUACGCACUAGUGCAACAACGACGAUUCUGCAUAAAUCCAAACGAGGGCUUUAUGGCUCAGUUGAGGGAAUACGAGCCGAUUUAUCAAGCCCAGAGAACAGCUAAUCAUGAUCAAAGUACCACGAGGCAAUGCAUAAAACGAUCGAUUCACCAAAUGGACGCAGAACGACUCGACGAUAAGCCAGAGGCCAUGGACAGUUGAUGAUGAAGUGGAGACUACUAAAGUUACCAAAAGACUCGCAUAAAUCGUUUGUCAUGAGCGAUAAUACAGAGAUUCUGAUUUUAAUUGAAUUUCGGAAAAAAUUCAUAGCGAAGUGAUAAAAUGAUUCUAGUAAGUCAUGAUGUCUUUUCAUUUUUUGAGAAUAUUAGAAUGAUUUUGUUCCAAGAUGUUUCUGGUAAAUAGCUUGGAAUACAAUUUCAAGGUGUUCUUUACUGCUGAUUCACACGCUUUACCAAUUCCAUACAAAACAUUAGUAUUCCCGAGGUGAGGAAAUAUUUGACGGACAUGAAAUUGAAUGAAAUUUCUAAAUUUCCGUUGAACAUGAGCUGUUCGUUUUUUCGUCUCCCCAAUAUUACGAUUUCUGUCUCUGUUGCUCAAAUUUUAAAUUUUAAUUGAUGAGCAUUUGAUUUAAUUAAUUAAUCCACUGAUUGUUGAAGAAUACUCAUUACUCGUAAUUACACGUGUAUUUCCGCGGGAUUUUUCAGAUGACUAAUUGCCACAGUGUUGUUCAAAUAAUCUAAAGAUUAAUAAAUUAUAUAGUAGGAAAUUCGUGCAUUAAGAGUGAU